UCUGCCCUGCUCAAUUUGACUGCCGCCGGGUAACUCGUAGCUCAAGCAUAACAUGUUGUCGUGGAAGAAGGACUUGCAAUCUCUUGUAUAGUCAUGUUUGCAAUAGGUAGCCUGGUGGUCAGCAGUGUCACGAUCGCUUCGCGGUUAUCAAUAUCAUUGAGGGCCACUGGCAGUGAUGGUGACGGCCUAAGCCCACGACGAAGAAGGCAUGAUGAGACCGACUUGGAGUCACCACCCGCCGCCGCCGCCGCGGAUGGGAGUCUUGGCAAAGCUGGAGAUGUUCGGGAUUGGAGUUGGAGCUUCCUUCGACUCCUUCGAGGAGGCAGCUUUGAUAAAUCUCUCAGAGUAGCUGCUCGAGUGAUAUGGACUGAUGUGACAUUCAUCAGCACUGUUCUGUCGACCACCAGGAAUUCUGACGGCAAAUGAGAUAUAAAGAACUUCCCUGCUGGGCUGUGUGAGUGAGCAAACAGAGUGGACUUUGAUGUGGAAAU